AUGUCCUCAUUCGAUGAUGAGGAACGACGUGCGAAGUACGCCGUGGCACCUAAGUCGGCAAAUCAUGGAAAGGUGGUAAAGCUGUCACCCAAGAAGCUGCACACGCAACGUGAAGUCCGUACUGUGCUUCCAGAAGAGCAGUAUCUAGCUAAACUCGAAAAAAUUAUCGUCAGAGACUACUUCCCUGAUCUUCCUAAACUCAAGGCGCAGACGGAAUAUAUGGAUGCAAUGAAACGCAACGAUAUAGCAAAAAUGCGUGAACUUCAGCUACGUUACCACACUAGUCGUCGAACGGAUCGACGAACAAGUCCAGCGACAAUGGCUGCCACUUCUCCUGGACACCAGGCUCGCGCUCCAACGUCUCCUGCGAAUUUCGAUCCUGACACUCCAGGUCCAAGUCGACCUCCCGACUCGCUACAAGCCACACCACUUCCAUACGCUAAUCGUGAGGGUGACAACGAGGUUUUGAAAGAAGGUGCAAAGAAGGAGAAAGCUGCAACGGAUGAGUUAUCAGUGGAUGCCUACAUGAACAAGUUCACAUCGGAAGAUAAUGCUUCAUUCGAGGAAUUGGCAGCCGUCGAGUUAGCAAAAGAGCGAGCGAAAAAGGGCUGGAUUGACGAGGCAGAGCGAAAGCACAACGCAAAAAUGAUUACAUACGGCGAACUACCUGCGUCCGCUGAUCUACAACUAGCGAUAAAAUAUGACCCGGAAUUCGACAAGGCAAAACCCAAGGAAGUCGAUAAUUGGACCUACACUGCUUCGUAUAGCAUACAUUAG